AUGAAUGGAGGAACUACCCUGAACAUAAACGCGCGAAAGGAUGGAAAACUUGAUCCUGAAUUAGCAAAGAAGAUAGACCGAUGGCUGAUCAGCUUUCGUCGUUUGGAUCCAAGAUAUAAAAUUCUGAAAUUCUUCAAUCAAGUGGCAUCGGAAGGUGCUGAUGACUUUGUUGACGAUGAUACAGGAGAUGAAGGCAUCACUGACUGGGAAUUGGGGGGCGGAGAGGAAGAGAUGCCCGAUAAACGGGAGAGUGUUCUUGUCAGACUGAAGAAAAAGAUUGGAAACUUGUUUGACAAAUCCAGUAUUCUGACAGUAUGGCGACCGUGCAGCAAUGAUGCCAUGAGAAAGAUGAUGGAAGGCACUGGCGUAGGCAAAGGACUGGAUAUCAAGGGCAAAUCAGCAAAGAAAGGUAUUCUUAGUGCCUUUGUUCCCUUUCUCCAGAUCAGUGAAGAAAUGGAUAAAGCCAAGAUUAUGCCCAUUGCAUAUUCAUCGAGGUUACGGGUCUAUUAUCAUAGCGAGGCUGCGCGAAAGGAAGUCGUCAAAAGGAUGAGAAAUUUUGCAAAGUUUCACGAGGAUUCGGAAGACUUAGAUCUUGCUUCAGCGUCUGAUCAAAUUGAGGAAAUGGAAAUGCUGGACAAGUUUGCGCCAGAAUCGUAUGGAAUUGAAUUGGGAAUGAGACUCUUCUGGACUGCGGUAGUCGUAGCACAAAACAUUACUCGAACCGAUGACAGUACAGAUGGAACUGCCACUGGAAGAGCAUCCUCGCCUGGUUUUCAAGAUGCCAACAAUGACACCCUGAAGAAAGCAACCAAAGCUGCCGCAAGUAAUCCAAACUCAAGUGCACCAAUACCCGUUCUGCUCCAGUAUGAUAAAGAGAAAGCCAUGCGACCACAGACCUUACUUAUUGCUUACGAAGAGAAUGGAAAUGUAAUACCCGUGGUUAGUGAUUUCGAUUGCUUCUUACUUGGUUGGCGAAGAGAAGCACUUUGGUUCGGGUGCAAUCUACCGAGAGAGCAAGAAGAUCUUAUGAUGUGGGAAGUCGAUAAAAUUGAGGAAGUUCUUAGCGAUUGUCAUAUGAGUCCAGACCCUUGGACAAUUCGAUGGCUAGACAUAAAGAAGGAUGCCCACCAAGCUGGAAUCAAUUUCGAUUCUCCACCCUAUGGAUACGGUGAUCCCAAGUCGUAUGGCAUCAUGGAAAAAGCCGCCUCGAGGAUGAAAGACACGGGUGCUGUACGGCACGGUUCGGAAUGUUUCAACUAUGGUUUUCCUCAAGAGAUUGACGAAGAUUUCUUGUUGGUCAGUGAUACAUUAGAUGGUGUCCCUUGGAGGUACCUCGAUGUCGAACAACUUCAAAGCUUACUGAUUGAAAAGCUACAGGAAGGUUUUGUAUUUCCUUUGAACCCCAAGUGGAUCCUAUGUGAUCCAGGUUGGAAGGACGUGUACGAUACCUUGAUGCAAUCAGAUGCUUUGUACGCCGACACCUGCCGCGACGUUUGGUAUCCAACCAGCCUCGGAAUACGACAACGGAUCGAGACUAUUUGCCAGAAACAUCCACGAGGGUUCCAGCGUGCAAGCGGUAAAGUCUCCUUCAUCGCUUCCAAGGGUUACUCUCCGCUGAGACAAGCCUUGGACGGUGGCGCAGAAAUGUCUGGAAAUGCCUACUUCGAACUCGCAGAAUUGGAGUUGGAGAAUUAUUAUUCACGAAAGAACACAUUAUCAAGACAGAUAGCUCUUGCAACAGAACCAGAUGAAAGUGAAGAAAAAGACGACGACAAGGCAUCAGCUAGCAGGGCGAAAAGACUGGAAUUAUAUAGACGGGACAAGAAAGAGCUUGUCAAGAUGCGGAAAGAAGCAGAAGACAUAAUUGAACUGAAAAACUCGGGUCAUAUUUCUGAAGUAAUAGACAGAGAAGUAACAGCCGGAAGGAUGCCAGGAAUACAAUCGGAACGACCCGCUGCUAAGCCGCGGUCAUCAAACUUAAAAGGGCGUCAACCGAAUCAUUCGACGAGGUCUCCAAAUAGGCCGUCGAAGUCUCCCUUGGGAAGGGGGAAAGCAAAAUUGUUAGGGUUCUUGCGCACGCACAAGGAGGAUGAAGAGUAA